GUAAUUAAAUAAAAAUAAAACCAACCCCACCCUAGUCCCACCCACCUCUAUAUAAAUUUUCUCUCUCUACAUUACUUUCUCUCACCAAUUGUACCUGCCAAGUACGCUUACCUGUACCUCCCACCCACACUUCUCGCAUCAUCACCUUUCCAUUCUCUUCACUAUUAAUUAAUUCAAUUCCCCUUUUCAUCUUCACAUAUAUAUAAACCACUCUCACUCUCUCCUUCUCUUCUAUUCUAUUAUCAUUCCUUUUCACUCUUCACUUCUCAACCACUUCAACUUUCUCUCUCUAGAUUCCUCAUCUUCUCAUCAUGAAGCAGUUGAUUCGCCGAUUAUCUCGAGUCGCUGACUCUUCAACCUACACGCUACUCCGAACAGAUUCAUCAACAACAACAACAACUCGUCGCCGGCGACCUUCCCGCCGAGUCGAAUCUUUCCGGAUGGAAGUAUUAUCGAAGAUCCGGAGAUCUUCCACGGUUGUUCCGGAAGGACACGUCCCGAUCUACGUCGGAGACGAGAUGGAGCGGUUCGUCGUGUGCGCCGAGCUUCUCAACCAUCCGAUUUUCGUCAAGCUUUUGAACGAAUCGGCGCAGGAAUACGGUUACGAACAGAAAGGCGUGCUUCGGUUACCGUGCCACGUGUUCGUUUUCGAGCGCGUGCUUGACGCGCUAAAACAUGGACGCGACACGCGCUGUAUCGCUGAGCUUCUAAAUUCUUCUUCUGAAGAAGGAUUAUGCUGAUGGAGUUUAAAAUUAGGUAAAUUAGUGAGUUUUUUUUUGUUAUUAUGUAAAUAUGAAUCAGGAUCUUGAGAGAGAGAAGAAAACAAAAAACAAAAAAGGAGAAAGGAAAUGUUGUUGUUAGGGUUUGUUUUGUGUCUCUGUUUUUUUGUUUGUUGGUUGUUGUUGUUGAGUGUAAAGAGAAGA